AUGGACUCACUCAACUACGACCGCCCCUGGACCAGUUGGGACAAUGCGUUACUAGGCUUUGUGUUCAUAAUCGCCCAUGGUCUCAUUAUGUGUUCCACAAGGGAAAGCUUGGGCGGCACAAAUCCAAUUUUGCACAAAAGGAGUCGCAUUUAUAUGGCUAAACUUCCAAUUGGGCACAACUUUCUUUUGGCCCUUAUGGGCGCAGGCGCUAUGCGAGCUGAUCAAGGAGAAUUCGCGCACGCGUUAGGACUGACGCUCGUUUUUUGGUUUACGUCCGCCUGGAAAGAUGAAAAAGCGGCCGGUAUUCUCCCACUAAUCACACAAGUAUUUUUUAAGAAAAAUACGGUCCUCAACCUACAACGUGCUGUGGCGGUACUUCUGGGGUCCGUCUUAGGCUGCACCACCGGUUCAAUACUUCUAAAAGGCAAAGCGUCCGCCGAAUGUCAGAACCACUCAUUUCUGCUAGCCAGCGUUUGUGAGGCGAGCAUCGCCUUGUUCCUAAAACUCACGCCGGCGUUCAUGGAAGCAGGGGCAAAACGGUUCCACCAGCGUCACAGUCCGAACAAAGCCAGUCAUAUUGCUGUCCUCUUAUUGGGAUCGAAAAGCAACAAAACUCAUCUGACCCGCCAUGCACAGACUUGCACGGUCAUUUGUUCUGUGAUCCCGGCUAUCGCGAUAUCAUUUGGAACGACAUAUGUUCGCGCGCCGAUUGGCAACCCGCUUUUUGCCGUCAUUUGGUCCCUCAAGUGCCGAGAAAUGCUUCCUUGGGUUGUCGUACCGCACAUCGUCGUCCCCUUCACGAUUUACACGUGCUGCGAAUACAUCAUCCGGCGUUGGAUAAUCCCAGAAAGGCCAAUAGUCUGUCUAGUUCAGAAGGCUAAAAAAUUGGUCUCCAAAAUA